UCGUAAAACCGCCAGCAAUCGCUUAGCGAACAGCCAACGGUCAACGUCUAGUAGCCACCUAGGUUCAGAGCUCUUUAUAGCUGAUUAAGCAAAUACAAACAACGCAGUUUGUGUAAACAAUCAAAUUGUCGCAGCCAUAUCGAGUGUGCUUACAAAACCAGCGGAAAGUUUCCAAAACCAAUACCAAUAUCAAUACCAAUCAAUAAAGAUGUCUGCAUCACCGACUGCCCGUCAAGCCAUCACCCAGGCCCUGCCCGUGAUCACCAGAAAGAUUGUCAUCUCGGAUCCGAUCCACAUGCCGGAGGUCUACUCCUCGACUCCCGGAGGAACCCUCUACUCCACCACUCCUGGCGGCACUAAACUGAUCUACGAGAGGGCUUUCAUGAAGAAUCUCCGUGGCUCCCCGUUGAGCCAAACUCCUCCGUCCAAUGUUCCCAGUUGUCUGCUGAGGGGCACGCCUCGCACUCCCUUCCGCAAAUGUGUGCCCGUGCCCACGGAACUGGUGAAGAAGACCAAGUCUCUGAAGAUCGAGGAUCAGGAACAGUUCCAAUUGGAUCUGUAGGGGAACUAUUAGAAGUCCUCCUAAGCAGCAACUGCCAAAAUCAUUUAGUUCUUAGUUAAAACCCACUAAAAAACAACCGAUCUUAUAAGCUUAGUAUGCAUCGUUUUAGCCAUAUUCAUAAACUAGCUGCUAAGUCCUUAGUUCUUCCACUUGUUUUGUUCUUUCGGUCAUAUUGACUUUGUAACUUGUAAAGCCCUAGAUGUUAAGUGAAAAGCAAUAAAAAAAUACACAUUAUUUAAAAAAGA